CCACCGAUUUCCCGGAGUUAGUCAGGUCUCACCUUGGGGAAGAUGGAGUUUCGUGGGGGUGCCGGAGCUUCGGAACUCGGCGAGAUCCGGACUCUAAAGCCGUGUCUGCUGCUCCGCAACCGCAGCCGCGACCAGCACGGCGUGGCGGCCUCCUGCCUCGAGGAGCUGAGGAGCAAGGCUUGUGACAUUCUGGCCAUCGAUAAGUCCCUGACCCCAGUCACCCUGGUACUGGCAGAGGAUGGCACCAUAGUGGAUGAUGAUGAUUACUUCCUGUGUCUACCUUCCAAUACUAAGUUUGUGGCAUUGGCCAAUAAUGAGAAGUGGGCAUAUAACAAUACAGAUGGAGGUACAGCUUGGGUUUCCCAAGAGUCCUUUGAUGUAGAUGAAACAGACAGCGGGGCAGGGUUGAAGUGGAAGAAUGUGGCCAGGCAGCUGAAAGAAGAUCUGUCCAACAUCAUCCUCCUGUCAGAGGAGGACCUGCAAAUGCUCAUCGAGGUUCCAUGUUCAGACCUGGCUCAGGAACUAUGCCAAAGUUGUGCCACAGUCCAAGGGCUCCAGAACACCCUCCAGCAAGUGCUUGACCAGAGAGAGGAAGCCCGGCAGUCCAAGCAACUCCUGGAGCUUUAUCUCCAGGCUUUGGAGAAGGAGGGCAACAUCUUGUCAAAGCAGGAAGAGUCCAAAGCUGUCGUCAGUGAAGAGGUAGAUGCAGUUGACACGGGUGUCGGCAGAGAGAUCUCCAAAACUGCACUUACGAGCCAGGUCCUGACUGCACUGAGGGAGAAGCCUGCUCCAGAGCUGCAUUUAUCUAGUCAGGAUUUGGAGUUGGUUACCAAGGAAGACCCCAAAACAUUGGCUGUUGCUUUGAACUGGGAUGUAAAGAAGACAGAAACCGUGCAACAGGCCUGUGAUCAGGAGCUCACCCUGCGCCUGCAGCAGAUGCAGAGCUUGCGUUCUCUCAGGAAUAUUUCAGCAAGGAAGAACCUGCUGCCUGGAGAACUGCAGAAUCCUAAACGAGCCAAGCAGGACCCCACAUAGCCACAGCCGGAACUGUGCCAAGGAACACCCUGUGGCCUUGUUCUCUAUCAGUAAAUACCUUCCACCUGAUUAUUUUACCACCUAUAUACUCCUCUGCCCACUGCCUUAGAGCAUGUUUGAGAACAGGCUGGAAGACUGGCUUUCUGCCUCUCCGGAAAAGCUAUUCCAGGUCUCCACAUCUGCCCUGCCACCUGUUUUGAAUGACAUCACCGCACUAGCAGUGUCCCGUCUCCUCUAACUGCAUGUUCUUGUUUCUCUGUUUAAAAGUAAUUGUCAUAUUUCAGACUCAUUAAUCUUGUUCUAAAGAUAGAACUGCAGAAUUUUAAACAAAUAAUGGUAGAGAAGAUGACAUAAUAGAAUGUUGAUUAUGACCACAAAUUUGUUUCUCAAGUUAAUGAGUUUUUUGGUUUGUUUAAAGGCACAUAUUAAGUUUGCAGACCAUAGGGACAUACAAAGAAUCUAAUUCACCAUUUCUAAUAUCCAGUUCAGUAUUGUGAAAUUAUAUCUGUUACCACUGUGAAACUUCUCAGUUUUCUAAUAUGUUUUAUCAGCAGGGGGUAUAAAAGGUCAUUAAAGCGAUUUCCAGGCAGUAUGA